AUGACUUAUCGAGAGAAUAAUAUAGUAUUAUCGCAAAUUGUGAAUUCUACGCCUAGAUCAUCGUUUUUUGAUGAGUUGAUUGAAAUACCUAAUAAUACAAUAUUGCUGUCUCAUGACUUGUUCAAAAUCAAUAAAAUAGUGGAUGAUAUAUUUGGCUACUUAUCACAAUUGAUAGGAAUGUUUAGAGAACUUCGGAAUUCAGAGAUGAAGGAGAUGGACGACAUACGGUGGUUUUAUGAAGGCAAAGAUGGGAUAUACGACUUGGUAAAAAACAUGGAAAAUAUCGAUUCUAUUAUAUCACAGCUAUUAGGAACGGUGGAUGCCCACGCACAUGGUCUUCCUGAUUUCACAAGUUUACUCGGCAAGUUUGAAGAGACGAGUGAUCUAUUAUUGGAGGUAAAGAAAUAUCUAAUUGUUUUCAAGAAGAAAGUUGAUAUUGCCAUAAAUUUUGUGGAAAUAAACGAUAAUAUAAUAGGGACGCUUCUACGAGAAAUAGAACAAUGUAUUGACAUUUAUCUGAAUUUACUGGAAUUGAAAUUAUCCAGCCCCAAACGGCACCUAAGUAAGUUCAAUUUGGAAGUAAUCAUAUCUAAGAUGAAGAUAAAUUACCUCACAUCAACUAAUUUUUCGACAAAAUCGUUGCGGCUUCCAACGUUUAAUGAAUUAGAUGAACAUUUAUAUAACGAGUAUCUCAGCUUAGAGGCCAGAAUAUCACCCCUCAAAGUAUCGCUAGAAUAUUUGCCACUCAGGAUCGAAGAAUUCAAUAUAUUCUGUAAAUCAAUAUCAGUUGCAAAUUUAUUUCCUCAUUCGCUAUCUACGAUUGAAGAUAAUCAUUCCAAACUUACCAAAAGAUGGGAACAUUUACAGAACGGAUUGAAAUUAAUAAAAAGGGAGUCAUUGGAUUCCAAAUGGAAUGAAAUAUUUACAUACCUAAUUCACGAAAUCAUUUCCAAAUGUGAUUUUCUUAUCGAAAGUUUGCAGGACAAACGUGAUGAGCAACAUUUAAUAACAGAUGAAAUUGGAUCUACCUAUAAACUAUGUUCUAAUUCCAUUACAUUGAUUACUAAAGCAUUUGCAGAGUCUACUAUUUAUGAAUCACCUUUGGUAUCGUUAUUUAAUGAAAGCCUUGUACCUAAAUGGCAAACUUUAAAUGAAUUACUUUCCGGCCCUUUGAGUUCACCAAGCACUAUAACUCCAAACUAUGCUUCACUUUCAAAUUUAAAUGGUAAUACUCUAAAAACUUAUCACACGUUCAAAAGAUCACCAACUCCAGAGAACUCGAAUAAGGAAAUCUUUCCAAAAAAAUCUGACCAUGGAUUAGGAAUAGAUUUGGGUGUGGAUGUCGCUUCCUCUAGAGUUCCUUUCAGUAUUGAAAAGAAGGAUAGAGUAAGGAAUUUCCUUAGUCCGGAACCUAAAAAUAAUAACACGAAGAGAGACUUGAAGGAAUCCUUCACUAAUAUAGAGGAUGAGGCUGAUCUGAAAUUGGAAUUCUUUGAUAAAGGUGAUAAUGAAUCCAUGAAGGAAGAUGAUGAAAUAACAUUGGUUAAUUCGAAAACUCCAAAGCUUCCAUAUGAGACUGAUCAUAUAAAUCACAAAGUCUCCAGGCUAAAAAUUCAAGAUACCUACGAAUCCGUGAACAUCUGGGACUAUUUAUUGAAUACUAAAUCCAAUUUCCCUUCACGAAUUCCAUUUAUAUCAGAAGACUAUAUCAGUCGAGGUUUGCCUGUCAUAAAAAAGAAAUACCUUACCAAAAGUAAGCGUUCAAGAAUUCCCACAAUCAGCCCUAAUCAUCCCAUAUUCAAUGAUUCUCCCGAAAGACGAAAUGAAAUGAUUUCUUUAAAACCACCAUUAUUCUUAAUAAACAGAUCAAAUACAAUACUGCACCCUUCACCAACACCAACCAGAUCCCGAAUUCAAUCAGAAGACGAAGAUGUAUUCCGCAAGCCUUCUAGAAAACCAUCCAUUAUUCGAAGUUCGAACAGCAUAGUUUCUGGUCAGUUAUCAAGAACAUCGUCCUUAAGCGAGACUAUUACUCCGAAUCUUGUCUAUCAACAAUCACCUACUUAUAGAUCUACAUCCCCUGAUAGACCAUCGUCUUCAAUAGGCUCGAGGUUCGACGAUAAGCAUCUAAUACAACCUCUAAAAAGUGGAAAACCUGACUGGAAAUAA